CGCAGUAUCGCGAGGUGCUGGAGGACACGCGAGGGCAUUUUCGUUUUCUGGCGAGUCUCCUGGCAACGUUGGUCUUGCGCAACGAGCGCCCUCUUUGUAUCACAUUUGUACUUUUAAAUUGGACGUUUAUGUUGAUGUUGCCCAUCGGCAUUUCUUCUGACGGAGUAGCGAAAGUUUGUCCGUCUUUUCAACUAGCAUCUGACAGGUUCAUGUUCUGAGCUGCGCACUAGAAAACAAGAAAUGGGUACGCCAUCGUCCGUUCUUCGCAUAGUUCUGGCUCAACUGCUUCACGUGCAGCGGUUGGGAAUUCGACCGUGCGUUUUCGGUUAGGCGUGUAUGCCGCAAAAUCCUCCUGACCGUUAGUUUACAUCUGCUACCACUUCCUAACCUCUUGAAUUUGCACGGUGCCAGGUUUAACCGAGGAAUUUUAAAAUUAGUGCACGUUCAAAACGCUUGAAAGUGAGAUUAAUUCCAAUGUGCGUACCAUUUCGGAGCCGGCAAUAAGUUUUCAAUGUGUUCUCUUUUUUUUUUUUUUUUUUUUUUUUACUUUUUUUUUACGCCGCACUAAGCGAAUUUUGUUUGUUCCUAGUCAGAUCGGAGCACCAAUUCUUCUGCAUGCAAGAGUCCGUCAGAUGAACCACAGUCCGUCUGCGUCGGGCUCCAGAAGCCGGUUUGAGAUGGCCAGCGUCCUUCGGCGAGAACUGGCUGGCGAGUCUGGCUGCUACUGCUGCCACACGGUUGCAAGCCUAUCGCCCCGCCCCACGUCACCGCCAUCCUCCUCCGCCGACACGACGGACCUGGACGCCUCGCUCCGCGAGCUCGGAAUGCUAAGUGCCGUGACAGACUCUCGACACGACUACGUCCUCGAAAAACUCAACCGAAGCGGUGGCGGCCGCUUCGUGCAGCAACGGAGCCCUGACUUCGGCCACCACCACUCGGGGCUCUGCGUGCUCGCCAUGAACUCGGCCUACAUCGCCGACUUCUCUUUUUCGGCCGCCGCGACGACCGAGAGUCCGCCUAGCCCGUCAGAAACGGUGCCGCUGCUGACACUAAAGCGGCCGCGGGUCCGCGGAUUGCGGCGGAAGCACUACCUCUACCAGCCGUACGACUACCCCUGGAGACCCAAGCUGGUAGCGAUGCUCAAGGCAGGGGAGCCACCCGUGGUCUCCGCCGACGUCAGGUUCGAGGAGCCCAAGGCGGCCCUUGAGAAUGGGAACAAGUCGAAUCCAGGGAGUCCAGCCAAGCCGCCGCAGGGCAGCUCUUUCAAGGGCAGCCCUGCACCUCUCGGAAGUGUUGCCGGAGGGGCCGGGGGUGCCGGGAUCUUCAGGUCUAAGUCUCUGGACGACCUGGAGGUGUGCAGCGCCAAGGCCACAGGGACCAGGAUGGAUAUUGAGACUGUCUCGCGUAAAAUUAGCAACCUGCACGUCAGCUAAGGCAGGCUGAAGGAAACGUCGCACUCUUCUGCCGCCGUGGCCAGUGCAAUUGCGUCCUUUUUUUUUUUUUUUUUUUAACAGUAUUUUUGAUGCAAAAAACUAAAGCGCUUACUUAUCCUCUUUGUCUUACGAAAGAGAAGUCUCGUGACAGCCCCACCAUUUAGCUAAGAGAUUUAGCGUCUCCCAAAGACGCCGAGUUUCUUGGCAAAACGUCGCCCGCUGUUCCGAGGCCUUCGGGAGACUUCUUUUUCGUUGCUUCCGAAAUAGCGUCUAUCUCCUCCGUGUUUUGUUUGGACUUCCUUUACUAAAUUGUGCCCGAGCUGCACAACUACUAUUAUUUUACCCCUUUCACUUUGCCCCAAUUUAGGCUGGUCUCCAACAGAAAUUGAAGCUGGGGUUCUUUCUGCCCCGCAUUUGUGCGCAACAAUGCGAGGUAAAGUGUCGGACAUUACGAGUAUUUAAUACUCGCUUUUGUACGCCGUCUCGCCCCGCGAUGCACUACAGCCAUUGCCACAAGCUGCCAGGUUCAAUCGCGAGCAGUUACAAACUUGCUGAUAUAUUGCUUCGAUGCAUGUUCCGGAGCAGCAUGCUGGUACGCACGUCGGAGCAAUGUGCCAGAUGGUUUCUAACCGACUCGUGAAUGGAUAUGCCUGCCUAUAGCUUCGGCUAUUAACUGCGUUUCGUGGAUGGGUUGAGACAGACUGCAGCGCACACUACGAGCCAUCCCGUCAACCCAGUGCUGUAAACAUAUUGCAGGAUUAUGCGGUGCUGCUCCUCUUUCGAAGGUCACGUAACACUCUCGAGGCAGUAGAUUGGUUUUGAUGGCUCGUAGCCUCCUCUGCGGUCUGUCGCAAGAUGAAACUGAGCAUAGUACGUCGCAGGGUGAGACAAAGCAUGGAGGUAACAAUGCUUGGUAAUUGCGACGUAGCAUUUAUUUACGUGCACAACCGUAACUUCUUUUUGCAAUGUCGACCCUCGGUUCUUAAGGCUGUUUGCUAGUCCCGAAACCUCCGUGUACCUGAUUGGGUGAGAUAGGAUUAACCCUGUGAAAGUACUGGUCAGUUUGUUUUUUCCCCUCUUUAUUUGUGGGCAUCUCUAUUCUAGGUUCAAAGCCAAGCUACCCCCUCAAUUUCCGUAUAAUUUUUUUUUAAUGUUAGACAUUGACAUUGGAUUUCUUUUUUUGCCAGCAAUAUGUUGACCUUUUGCUUCCGGUGUAAUCCCUUGAAUUGAUCAGGUAGUGUUCUCACUCUAGUUCCAAAUCUCCGGGAAGAUCUAAAGGUUGGAGCAAUGCUCUUUAGAAAGCAUUGCCUUGUAUUGGUAUGGAAAAUGUUUUCAAUUUCUACUUUGUACCGUGUCCUUUACUGGAACAAGCACUGUUAAAGCAAU